AUGCGGACGACGGGUGAGUGGAUUAUGAAGGUCAGCAAUGCGGACUCGGACCUGGGCGUCGGAGUUCCCAGCUCCUGCGGAGUGUCGCAGUGGGAGACUUCGCUCAAGUCAGAGACGUUUUUCGCUUUUGCCGAUGAGAAAUGCCGGGAUUCUGCCUUGCCGCUGAAGCGCAGCGAGCAUGAGCAGCGCCCCAAGUCACGCCUGGGCAGUGGGUCGGGCAUCGAGAAGUGUGCCUAUCGUCUGGAUGACAAGAGCCCCUUGGCGGUGCCGGGCGCAAGUCCAACUCACAGGCACGAAGGUGACGCGGCAGCUGGUCAGCAGGUUCCUACCUGGGCGCAGGCCGCACAAGCGGCACCUUCGGCCUCGGCGUCGAGCAGCUCCAUGCCGCUCGGCACUGCGGCCAUUCAGGGCUACCAUCGGCUGCUACGGACAAAGAACGAGAGCAGGAGGUCCGGCCGCGCGAACGUCCCUGAAGUUCCGCUGUGGUCAGCUGGUCAGGCGCCGCAAUCCGGCAACGGGAACCCGAACAAGCGACGGAUCUUCCUUCGGUAUGUCCAGGGAGACUCGCCACAGAUAGACCUCGCCAACCUGACUGGUGGACAGGGCAACCCCGUGAUCAUCCAGGUGGUGACGCCUGGAGGGCGGGCGGAGCAGAACGGUGUGAAAGCAGGCGCCGUGAUCCGCAGCAUCAAUGCCAGCACCACCUUUAAGGCUUUCCCUGCGUGGCAGGCCUCCCUUUGCUGGUCACUAGUGGUGGAGCAGGACAUCCAGGGUUCGGGUCGCAUGCUUCAACUUAGGUGUACCUUGCCAUUCUGGGACGACAUGUCGAUGCUGAGAGGAUAUGGUGCUGUCCCCUGCGUCCCCACGAUGCAAGGAGGCCUUCGGCUUGAGUUAGUUGAAAUCAUUUCAGAAGACUCUCGCGACCUCCGGCUGCACGAGAAGCUGUGCUUAAGGGCGGGCGGUCUCCGAGCUUCGCUCAACUUCGCUCCAUUGGAGUUCACCCCCUUCGCUGAGAUCCGGCUGACGCGGAAGAGCGAGCUGAAGCUUGGCAUCGCGCCCCGAAAUGGUGCCUGGAGCCACAAGACAGAGCGACCGCAGCACCUGGAGGACAAUGUUCUGCUUGCGGAGGAAGUCGUUUUCAAGCCUCGUGUCUUGAACAUUUGCGGAAGCACUCUUGAAGCACCUGCUAGCCGCCGCCAGCAGACAGGGCGGAUCAUGGUCGAUGCCAUCGACCUGCCUACCGGCCCCAGUGCCGACCCAGUGAUUUACGAACUGAGGAGGCAGACCAUGUUGCGCGGGUCCCUCGAGGCCCUGAUCCCUGCACGAGCUGCAUUCUCCGGAAAAAACAGGGUCAAUAACCACAAAGAACAGUUUCCGUUUCAGGGGCCGGUGGCCCGAUGA